UCACAUCAACAUCAUGUUUUGAAGAAAAAGACAAGUUCAUCGACCGGAAGAGAUGAUAAGAUGUUGAUCGGUCAGUGGAGAAUAGGUAGGACUAUUGGAAAAGGUUCUUCUGGCCGAGUCAAAAUUGCCAAACAUGCCAUUACCGGGAAAUACGCAGCUAUCAAGAUCGUUCCUAAGGGAAUGAUCAUCGAAUCCCGCAUGUCGGUAUCUGAAGCUGGUGUGAAGCAAGACAAAGUUUUGUUAGGCAUCGAGAGGGAGAUCGUGAUUAUGAAACUUAUCGACCAUCCUAAUGUUUUGAACUUGUAUGAUGUAUGGGAGACUUCUACCGAACUAUACUUGAUCAUGGAGUACGUUCCCGGAGGUGAACUUUUCGAUUACUUGGUCAAAAGAGGAAGAUUGCCAGUCUCUGAAGCUUUACAUUACUUCCAACAAAUCAUCAUGGCAGUAGACUACUGUCAUCGUUUCAACAUUUGUCAUCGGGAUCUCAAACCGGAAAAUUUGUUACUUGACAAAGACAAGAAUAUCAAAGUUGCCGAUUUCGGUAUGGCCGCAUGGGAAGCAGGAGAAAGAAUGUUGGAAACUUCUUGUGGUAGUCCUCAUUACGCUUCCCCCGAGAUCGUUGCUGGAAAGGCAUAUCAUGGAUCUUCAAGCGAUAUUUGGUCAUGUGGUAUCAUCCUCUUCGCCCUUCUCACCGGUCGACUCCCCUUUGAUGAUGAUAACAUUCGAUCAUUGUUGCAAAAGGUCAAAGUGGGAGUUUUCGAGAUGCCCGAUGAGAUAAAAGAUCCCGCCAGAGAUUUACUCAGUAGGAUGCUUGAGAAAGAUCCGGAACAACGAAUCACCAUGCCUGAUAUUCUUGCUCAUCCCUUCUUCGUCUCUCGUUCACCUCGACCUAUCCCUGGUCGUGCUCUUGUCUCCCCUCCCAGUCUGACGGAAGUCGAGCGCCCUGUAAACUCCCCAGAAGAGAUCGACCCUGACAUCAUGGGAAAUCUUAAAACUCUCUGGAGUGGGGCUACAGACGACGAGAUUGUGGCUGCUCUCAUGAGCAGAGAGAAAACUUGGGAGAAAGCCAUCUACCAUUUACUCAUCAAAUACCGUAACAAACAUCUGGAAAAUUAUAACAUGGACGAUGAAGAAGAUGUCGAAGCUCGUGCGAAACGUCAAACUCGUAGACAAGCAGGACCUUCACCUGCUAAACGGAAAGGUGGACCUCCUCCCACCGCCCAAAAACCUCGUCUGGCACCAUUAGGAGAGAACGAUACGAUCCAAGAACGUGUAGCAACUGCUAGACCUCAAGCUCCCACUCCGAAAAAAGCAAGUGGUGUCACGACUGACUCGCCUGCUGUGCCUAAGAAAGGUACAAUGGGUCCUCCUCCUCUUCGAUCCCCAGCUGGACCUCGUCCCCCUAUGUCUAGAGGUAACACUUAUACCCCUGGACCUCCAUUGGCGCCUGCCAUCAUGUUACAAGAGGCUACGCCUGUCAAGGAAAUGGUACCACCUCCUCUUCCUUCACCGUCACCACGACCAAGAUCCGAAAUACUUCCUUCUCCUUUGAUCCCCGAUGCUGCUCAACUGAGUCCGCUGAACGUACCUAGAGUAGGAGAUCAGCAAUUGCAACACUUCUUCAACGAAGUUGCCAAUCAACUCAAUACGAUGAACAUUCGUUCUUCCGUCGGUUCAGGCUCAUCUUCCAGCUCAGCUAUACUAGGAGCGGAUUAUCAAACUUAUCUCGCUUAUGCCAAUGGAGCGAUAAUUCCACCUACUUCCCCUGUUCUUUCAUCAAGCACUAUGGAUCCUAAUCAAUUUGCCGAUGCCGACGAUGACGAAACUGUAGCUCCUUCUGUUCAUUCUGUUGUCAGUCCAUCCCUUCACACUUCUCCAGCUGCGACACUGGUUGGAUUAGGUAUUGGUGGACCUCCGUCACAUAACACUCGUCCAGGUUUACAUCCAAUGCAAGAUCCAAAUAAUCGAUGGAGUUACACAUCUUCCAAUUCAUCUAGAGGAACUCCAGCUACAUCUUAUAUCGAACCUUCUUACACUGGAACCGCUACCUAUACCCCAGCACCAAUGAUUUGGACGGAAUCUCCUUUCACUUCACCACCACAACGACCUGCACCUCUUCCUAAUCACGUAGUAACAAGAUUGGCUCCUACUCGACCACCUCCCCCUGCACCCAGACCACUCACCAUGAUGUCGAGGGACGAAUCUUAUGUCGUUUUAGACUCCGCCGAGUCCACUCCAUCAGAUCCAUCGGUCGCUUCUUGGGGUACCAAAUCAUCUGGUUUCUCAGCGCAUCGAGGUCAAGAUGGUUUCGGAAUGUUGAAACGUAAGAAGAAACCUAGUCCAAUUGAGUUAGGUGUAGGAUUUACUGCUACCCCUGUAUCCUCCCCUAUGCCUUCUCUAGGAGUACCUUCACCAACAGGUUUGGGUCCUAGUCCAAAAAGAAGUUGGUUCAAUAAUCUCUUUUCUUUCAAACCUCCAAGUUGUACAUUGUUAUCACAUGAUAACAUCGGAGGAUCGAGGGAGAAGGCGAAGAAAGUAUUGGGAGAUAUGGGUGUUCAAGUCAAUGUUGUGGAAAUUGACGGGUUGAGAGCAUUACGUUGUAGGUUUGAAGAUGUCAAAGGAAAUGGAACAUCUGCAAGAGGUGUGAGGUUUAGGAUUGAAUUUUCACGUUCGUCUCAGAAUACCUCUGGGGGUUAUAAUACCUUAGUUUCAUUGACUUUGGAAAAAGGUGCUCAAUCUUCUUUCAAAUCCCCCAUUGUCGACACUAGACAAUUACAUUCCCUAACUCCUCCUUCUUCCUCUACUGCAGACCUCACACCUCCCGUUUUCCGUACAGCCAGGAGUGCUUCGACGUCUUCCGUUAUCUCCGCUCAUAGCUCUCAA